CGCACAACUAUCAGUCGUAUUCCCCCCUUGACAUCCUCUGCGGCUUUCGAAGCUGUGGGUCAAGCAACGACGCUAACACUGGAGCUAUAAAAAUUGACAACGGGGGCUCCCGUUUAAAGCGCCGCACCAAGCUGACCAGCUAGCGCAGUGUGAUCACUUGCGUCUCUCUCUGAAACGAUUUUUGUUUCGGAGAAGUGCAAAUUGAUUCAAAAACCACUGCCGCCGCAUAUCCUGAUCGGAACCCCCCCACACACCAAAUCGAAGCAAAAAUGGUGCAAAAUAAGAUCGCCGAAGUCACUGGAUUCCACCGCUCCUUCAAGGGGCAAAAUCCCUUUGAAUCAGAGGACUUCACUAAAAAUGGAUCCCAUCUUAUCGAUUCAUCAUUUAAUUUUGACUCCUCCCCCAGACAUGACAUGCCUUCCAGUCAGCCUAUUGACAUCCCCGAUGCCAAGAAGAGAAACAAGAAGAAAAAGCGUUGCCGGGCAACUGACAGUUUCUCUGGACGAUUUGAGGAUGUCUACAGACUGCAGGAAGAGGUCUUGGGAGAGGGCGCUUAUGCCAGAGUGCAAACAUGCAUCAACCUCAUCACCAAUAAAGAGUAUGCUGUAAAGAUAAUCGAGAAAAGGCCGGGUCACAGCCGCAGUCGUGUCUUCCGUGAGGUUGAGAUGCUCUACCAGUGCCAGGGCCAUAGAAACAUCCUGGAGCUGGUGGAGUUUUUUGAAGAGGAAGACAAAUUCUACCUGGUGUUUGAGAAGCUCAGAGGAGGGUCAAUCUUGGAACACAUUCACAAGAGACAGCACUUCAGUGAGCAGGAGGCCUGUCUCGUGGUGCAGGACAUUGCCAGUGCUCUAGAUUUCCUUCAUAACAAGGGAAUGGCACAUAGAGACCUGAAACCUGAAAACAUUCUCUGUGAGAGUGCACACCAGAUAUGCCCGGUCAAGAUCUGUGACUUUGACUUAGGCAGUGGGAUCAAGCUGAACAGUGACAGCUCACCCAUCUCCACCCCUGAGCUCCUCACUCCUUGCGGCUCAGCAGAGUACAUGGCACCUGAGGUAGUUGAGGCCUUCAGUGAAGAAGCUACAAUUUACGACAAGCGCUGUGACCUGUGGAGUCUUGGAGUCAUUCUGUACAUCAUGCUAAGUGGCUAUCCUCCAUUUGUAGGCCGCUGUGGUGGUGACUGUGGCUGGGAAUUAGGUGAACCCUGCCACACCUGCCAGAACACUUUAUUUGAGAGCAUCCAGGAAGGAAAAUACGAGUUUCCGGAAAAAGACUGGGCUCACAUCUCCUCAAGUGCCAAAGACCUGAUAUCCAAACUUCUGGUUCGGGAUGCCAAAAGCCGUCUGAGUGCCAGUCAGGUGCUGCAGCACCCCUGGGUGCUGGGGGGUGCAUCUGACACUUUGCCAACAUCCAUCUUACAUCAGAGAACCAGCAGUGCCAGGGAUCUUACAGUUUUUGCAGAUAAGGCCAUGGCUGUGAACCGGCAGCUGGCUGAACAGGAUGGCAUGGAAGAGCAGCAGCAGCAGGAAGUCCAAUUUUUUGUUACUGCUUCUGGCUCGUCUAUGCGCCUCUCUCCUCCUUCCAACUCCAAGCUGGCCAAGCGCAGGCAGCGAAGCAGCCAGCCGAAAGGUGGGCCCGUCUCCGCUGCGGAGCUUCGUCAGCUCUUGGCCCCCCUCGUCAUCGUGGGAGACUGUGCCUGAACUUUCCCGACCUUCCGUUAUGAUUCAAGUCCUGUUCCACGACUGCCCUGAGACUCUUCCUCCUCAGUUCUGGCCCCUCUCUGGCCUCGGUCCCUCUGCUAUUCAGGUUCUCUUGCCAGCUGUAAAGGGAGAUGCUGCCUGCAGCCCUUCCUCUAAAUGCCUUCUGCCCUUCUCCAGCACUUCUGAAGCACAUCAGCACAGGGCCUGCAUAUAGCAAACACAGCUAUGUGCACUUCCAGGUUGGGGAGGAGGGCCAGUUAAUGACUUGUUGGACAGCAAAGUAUUUUCUAAGUUAUGUUGGUUUUUUGUUUGUUUUUUUUCCUCAUACAACUCAGUUCAGAAGAAAUCCGAACAUAGAUCUUCGAAACUAAGCUCAGACACCAAAGGACAACCUGUUGUGCUGCUCCCACGUUACAACUGGAUCCACUGUGAAUUAAGUUAUCUGGAAUGUUUUUUGCCUGUAUGUAUAUGCAUGAAUGGCCCAUCUGCACAUACGUACAAGCUUAUGCAAUAUGCCGAGAUGAAGGCUGUUCCUGUCUUGAAAGGAUUCAGUGUAAUAAGGGUUGGAAGGGCUGUAAGCCAACGCUGUCCGUGCCUGAGGCGCGGACCGUUGGCUGGAGACUCUUCAAAGUCUUUUUUUGUUUUGUUUUGUUUUGUUUUUUGUUUAGUUUUUUUUGUUCCCCUCCGUUUAAGAUGAGCUCUUUACAGUCGACUCUUGUGUAAAUGUCUGAGAUGCGCACUUAUCCAGCUCGGUCGCCAUGCACUUAGUGCUCAAAGGGCAACGGCUGUUUGUACCUGACCAGCUACGACUUGCCGCUGCAUCAGUUGAUGCGGUUUUUCCUUUUCUUCCAAAUUGAAUCUAAAACUAGUGAAUUAAUUUGACUUGGUCAUGCUUGAUGGCCGCCGGGGAGGGGGGAGGGGCCAAAGCUCAUAGCUUGUAUAUCUGGCUUAUUUGUACAGGCUAAUUAUACAGUACUUAAAAUGGCUACGCAAGUGAUCUGGGUCAGUGUUACUUUCAUUGUAAAGAAUUUGACGUCCCCUUGCUACAACCAGAAUUUGUAUUUUUUUUUUUUUUUUUUUUUUUUUCUACAGAUCAAUUUAUGGAUUUAAUUUCAAAUAUUUUGGCAGUAAAAGUUUAAAUUCCUGUGAAGGGGUUGAAAAGCACAUUUUGCCCAAUGUGACCAGACUGUCAUUUGUUGAUCAGAUUUAUUUGGACCAUCAUCUUCGUCCUCCUCAUCCUUCAAGGUCUCAACGUUGUCUCUAACGACACGCCGCCCCUCCCAGAAUGAUGUCACAAAUUUUCUUUACAAGUUGGAGGCAGAGGGAAAAAAUAAAAUAAAAUAAACACAAAAAGGAAAAACAUUCCACAAAAAGACAAAAAAAACUUCAGACAUUUAGCUGUAUAAAGUUUACUUUUUUUUUUUUUUUCCAAGUUUGAAAACUCCAUGUCAAUGUGCCACACUGAUUUUUAUUUUUAUUCUUUUCUUCUUUUUUUUGUAUGGCUGUUAAUAAGCUUU